AUGAGAGCAGGUGUCAGUGGACAGAUCCGCACUGUGUUCUCCAGAGAUGGAGAUGAUGUCACUCUGACCUGUCUUAAUAUGGUUAAUCCUGACUGCUCCUCAACUGAAUGGCUGUUCAGCUACAACGGAAGUGCAAUUGUUGAACUGGUCACUGAUGGGAAGAUCAGUGUAGAGAACAGAGAGAGAGCUGACAGACUGAGUCUGGGGUCUGACUGCUCUCUGAACAUUAAUAAAGUCAGACCUCAGGAUGCUGGAGACUACACCUGUCGACAAUCUCUAAGUGGAGAUAGACUAUAUGGAACUGACGCCCGUGUCUUUCUGCGUGUUCUAGAGAUACGACCUCAAACACAAAACACUGAGAUGAAGUUGGGCAGCUCUGUGACUCUGUACUGUCUCCUGAACACUGAGAGGUCAGAGUGUAACUCUCAAACACUGCCUGAUGGACUCAAUCUGAUCUGGGUGGAUGAAACAGGAACUGAUCUCAGUUUAACAGACUCCAGAUUAAAGAUCUCAUCCUCAAUUUACUGCCCCAGAGCUCUGACAGUCAGGCUCCAGCACCACGAUAACAACAGGAAGUGGACAUGUCAACUGACUGAUAGAGGAGAAGUUAAAACCUCAGUCAGUUACAUGACCACAUGGACAGGUAGGAAAUGA